AUGGACAUUAUUUGGUCUUCUCUCUUGACAGUCUUCCUCUGUACUUGGACAGCAGUCUGUCUGAACAUUCCCAACCCCAAAGACAGUCAGUUUCAUAUCUUUUACCGCCGGGCGAAGUGGGUGUUUUGGGCUAUUGUCUCCCCGGGGUUGGUCCUUUCCGUUGCUAUCGGUCAAUAUGCCUCAGCAUGGCGAUCUGUGAAGCAUUUCCGCAAGCUGAGAAUAAAAGAAGACAGAUGGUCUCUGCGACACGGUUUCUACGCCGACAUGGGCGGGAUGCUACUUCAGCCCAAGGACAGCACGCGCUUUCUGGUCAACAGCCGUCAAUUGGCGUACCUUGUCGAGAAGCAGUAUUUAGAAUGCCCACAAAUUAUGCAGAGCGAGAUAUGGGACAAGUCAAAAACGGAUACGCUCGCCAGAGUACUCAGUUUCUUCCGACCACUACGCUCGAACUAUCUGCGGGUGCUAUUGUGGUUUGUACCUUUGGAACCUUUAUUUGCUGGACGCGCACACCAAGUGAUGUGCACAGGUAUUGUACUUAGCAUGGAAGUUAGCACGGCCGAGGUACUCCUUGCGGCUGGUGAUGUCGCCGCUACACCUUACCGCCACACACCUCUCGACUUCGUCGCCAAGCAGUCAUUCACGUGCAGCUACGACGUCAUGGGGUUCUUUGGUCUACGUUUUGAUGACCGCGAAAGGCCCUUGUGA